AGAGUGCGUUCAUUCUCUUAUUUGCUCCUAAUCCGAUCCCAAAUUGAGGGUAAUUAGGGUUCUUGCUGUAGUUGUCGAUUGAUUCUCGACGAAUCCCCCAUGUGAAUCCUCAAUUUUAAGACCCUUUUUAGGGUUGUACUUCGAUUCCAUUCUCCCUAGGUUCGAUGCUUAGGGUUUCUCGGAGAGAGUUCCAUAGGAAUCAGGGUUCCUUGUUCCCCCUCUUUCCCUUUCAACUCGUUGGGUUCGAUUCGCUUCAUUGUACAUCUAAACUAUUCCAAAUUUUGAGGGUUUUGAUCCAAAUUUUUUUGUGAUAUAAUUGGCAUUUGUUUCACUAGCAUUCUCGAUUCAUGUUUCUAUUAUUUGUAUAGCCAAAUUGGAUUAGGAUCGUAUUUUGUUCCGUUACCCAAUUUAUGCUCCAUUGUUGUAGAACUAGAAUUACCAAAAAUUUUGCCUUUUUUAAGUAUACAUUACUUCUUGGCUUUCUCAAGAUUUUGUGAUCGUCAUCUUUGAUUUUCCUUUUUUUCUGAAUUUGAAACCAAAAUUAUACUCAAUGAGGCUCUUUAUUCAUGUAAUUGAGGCACGGAAUCUCCCGGCAAUCUAUCUCAACGGGACCAGUGAUCCCUAUGUGAGGUUGCAACUCGGGAAGCGGCGGGCGAAAACCACUGCCGUGAAGAAGUGCUUGAACCCGCUUUGGGAUGAAGAGUUUAGCUUCCUGGUGGGAGACAUAAGCGAAGAGCUUAUCGUAUCCGUAUUGAACGAGGACAAGUUCUUUAACAAUGAUUUCUUGGGUCGCGUCAAGGUGCCUCUCUAUACGAUCAUGAAAAGCGAUAACUUGUCGCUUGAGACGGCAUGGUACCAGUUGCAGCCCAAAAACAAGAAGUCUAAGAACAAGAAACGCGGAGAAAUUCGGCUCACGAUUCACCUCGUUCAGAAAAACUCCUCUCCUGAAGUAUUUAAUUGUUUGCAAACCUAUUCCGAGGAAGUUGCAUCAAACUCGGAUCGGCUGAGUGAGAUAGCGAGGGAAACGCCUCUGUCUUCUAAUAGCAGCAUGGAAUCAUCAGUUCUAGUUGACUUUGAAGAAAUAGACUCUGCCAAGGAAAUUAAGCCAAAUUCGUCACCAUUCGUUGAUUUCCUAUCUCUUGUUUUCAAUAGGAAAAGAGCAGAAGCAUCGCCGACAUCUUCACCUGGAGAUGUUAAUACAGUGGAACAGUUGCAAGAGGCACAAGUGAAUAUGGAAGCUUGCGAAAACCAAGAAGUUGACCUAUGCUCCAAUGAAAAAUUUGAUGAAUUUUUAAAAAUAAUGGCAUCAAAAGAUGAAGGAGGCGAAAUGCCUGGGAAUUUAUCAGGGGGUGUACUAUUAGACCAAUGUUAUGUUGUUGCACCAAAUGAUCUGAAUUCUCUUCUUUUUUCACCCACUUCAAAUUUCUGGCCCUCAGUUGCAGAGGUUCAGGGAUCCACAGGACUACAAAUUGAGCCUUGGAUUCUUUGUAACAAUGAAUGUCUUAAAAGGACGCUAACAUUCACAAAAGCUGCGAGCAAAUUAGUUAAGUCUGUGAAAGCUACAGAAGAGCAAACAUAUAUGAAGGCUGAUGGAAGUGCUUUUGCAGUUUUGGCUUCUGUGAGUAUUCCUGAUGUUCCUUGCGGAAGCUAUUUUAGGACGGAAAUAUUGUACUGUAUAAAGCUAGGGCCCGCACUGCCUUCUGAAGACCAAACUUCUCAUCUGCUUAUAUCCUGGAGAAUAAACUUUAUUCAGAGUACAAUGAUGAAGGGAAUGAUAGAAAGUGGAGCAAGGCAAGGAUUGAUUGAGGGCUUUGCUCAAUUUGCCGAGGUGCUGUCUCGAAAUGUUAAGGCAGUUGAAGUGGGAAGCAUUAAUUUGAACAAAGAGCAGAUUUUAGCUUCAAUUCAAACUCAACCGGAGUCUAUCUUAAAACUGGCUUUCCGUUUUCUUGGAAAUUUUACAUUUAUAUGCUCUCUUUUUAUGGGGCUAUUUGUACUUGCUCAUCUCCAGCUAGCCAAGCCUAAUGUGGGUGAUGGGCUUGAAUUCAUAGGCAUUGAUCUUCCAGACUCGGUUGGGGAGUUUGUUGUUUCUGCCAUUUUGGUCCUUCAAGCUCAACAUUUUCUUAAUGUUAUGGGCCGUUUCCUGCAAGCCUGGAAGCGGAGAGGUAGCGAUCAUGGAGUUAAAGCUCAAGGAGAUGGCUGGUUGCUAACUGUUGCCUUGAUUGAGGGAACCAGCAUAGCUUCAGUUGAUUCAUCUGGUUUCUCUGAUCCAUAUGUUGUUUUUACCUGCAAUGGGAAAACGAAAACUAGCUCAAUAAAGUUCCAUACGGCAGAACCAAAAUGGAAUGAGAUAUUUGAAUUUGAUGCGAUGGAUGAUCCUCCAUCAAGAAUGGAUGUGAAUAUUUAUGAUUUCGAGGGACCUUUUGAUGAAGCUGUAUCUCUUGGCCAUGCUGAAGUCAACUUUUUGAAAUCUAAUAUAUCAGAUUUAGCUGAUGUAUGGAUUCCUCUUCAAGGGAAAUUUGCUCAAGCAUGCCAGUCUAAGCUGCAUUUAAGGAUCUUCUUGAACAACUCAAAAGGGAGUGAUGUUGUCACACAGUACAUAACAAAGAUGGAGAAGGAAGUUGGUAAGAAGAUAAACUUACGGUCACCACAGACAAAUUCUGCAUUCCAAAAGCUCUUUAAUCUCCCACCAGAAGAAUUCCUCAUCAAUGAUUUUACCUGUCACUUGAAGCGCAAAAUGCCUCUUCAGGGACGCUUAUUUCUCUCUCCAAGAAUAUUUGGGUUUUAUGCCAAUAUAUUCGGGCACAAAACGAAGUUCUUCUUUCUCUGGGAAGACAUUGACGACAUCCACAUCAUUCCACCUUCUUUGGCAUCAGUUGGCAGUCCAUCUUUGAUGGUCAUUCUUUGUGAAGGUAGAGGAUCGGAUGCGAGACAUGCUGCAAAGGCAUUGGACCAGUAUGGAAGAUUAAAAUUCCACUUUCAGUCAUUUGUUUCCUUCCAAGAAGCCAAUAGGACAAUCAUGGCACUAUGGAAAGCUAGAUCUUUGAGUCCAGAGCAGAAGGUAGAAAUGGUUGAAAAACAAUUUGAAGCAAAAAGACUCCAAACCGAAGAGAGUGGAUCAUUCUUGGGCAUAGAUGAAGUGAAAAUGUCAGAGGUUUUCUCCUCGGUUCUUUCUGUUGAUGCCAACUCAUUGACGGAGAUGUUUGCUGGAGGUCAACUAGAGCAUAAAGUGAUGCUAAAAGUCGGUUGUGUUGAUUACUCAACGACACCAUGGGAACCAGUGAAUUCUAACACAUAUCAGAGGCAAAUCAGUUACAAGUUUGACAAAAGUUUGUCACGGUACGGAGGAGAAGCCACAACAACCCAGCAAAAAUCUUCCAUCCCUGAUCAAAGUGGAUGGAUUAUCGAAGAGGUUAUGACUCUCCAAGGAGUCCUACUUGGAGACAACUUCAGUCUUCAACUGAAAUACCAGGCAUGCAACAUUCCUGAUAAAACCAAGGCAUGUAAUGUCCAAGCAUCACUGGGCAUUGCUUGGCUGAAGAGCACCAAGCAUCAGAAGAGGAUUACACAGAAUAUCAUGUCAAAUUCUUCCAUUCGGCUCAAAGAGAUCUUCUCAGAAGUUGAAAAGGAGCUCAUGAAUAGGAAACACGGUUGAUCGCCUGGGCUAGAAUGAACAUACACUUGUGUGGGAGCAAAUUCGAGUUUUAAAGCGAAGUGCGGCUCUCACUUGGCACAGGAGAGGAGUAGCAAAGAUAUACAUAUACUUCAAGAAUAUGGCCUUCAGUUAUAUGCUUCGAGAAUCCAUGAAAUGGCUCAGAUUUAAUGCAGAUUGUUAACAACAGUUACUUGCUGUUGGCAUAUCAAACUCAGAUGCUGCUGCCGAGCCAUUAUUUCUCUCUCUCGCUCUUUCUCUCCCUUCCUCUCUCUCUGUACACAUGUGAAUAGGAAACGGAAGAGAUGCAAGAUGAUUUGAUACUCAAAGCAUGGACUUAGAGAUUUUUGUUCUUUUUUUUUAAUUUUAAAUGUGCAUGUGAAAAUUUGAUGCAACGAGUAAUGAUUGGGUUCUCAUGGCUCAUGAAAUGUUGUAAAACUGUAAUCGGCCUCGGUAUGCUAUACUUAUUUCACAAUCAAAGGAGGAAUCCUACUGAG